GGAUCAUGUGUUUGUUCAUCUGAAUAAACCAGGAAGCUUUUUUUAAACCGGUCUAUCUACAAACCCCGCCACACAUGCUUUAAAAAUAGAUAAAAGAAGUGCGUUUGUUCAUGUGACGUUUAAGUAAAUAUUUAUUGCACUUGGCCCAACGGGGGAAAUACACGGUCUGUUAUCUCGGAAGGAAGUUACUGAAUUUUUCUGUGAACCUCGCUCUCGUGUACUCUUAAGGAAGACCCAGAUAGAUCUGAACGAUCAAAACACACCUUGAUCUACAAAAGGGCAUUACUUUACACUUCCUCGUUUUUUAUACUUUAUUUUCAAAUCGACGCUUGCGGUUAGGUGCGUUAGCUCAAGAGACGUCCGUCGGACGUGCAUCACACGUGAAUUGGUUGGGGAGGAUAUUGAUAGUAUGACGAGGAUCACACAGUACGUGGAUGCCUUCUGGGAUCCAGAAUUUACCAGUUCCAGAGGUUUUGAGAUUCUGUGCAAGAGAAACAAAGAGAUCAGAAAGGUGUCCAAGGAAUUGGAGGAUUAUUACAAGGAAAGAGCCAAGGCAGAACUUAGCUACAGCAAAGCAAUCCAGGCAUUGGUCAGAAAACUAGACGGCAAGGAGGAACUAGGGGACCUAGGUAAAGCGGUCCGAGAACUGAAGAUCCAAACGGAGAGGAUCGGGCGCUCCCACGAGGAGGCGGGCAACAACUUCCAAAUCCUUUACAAUGAACUCAACAAAUUCGACGACGAUCAAAAAAGCAUCAAACAACAGAUCGAGGACAGAACGAAAUCAAGUCAAAAUGACAAGAUACAGAAAUACAAAUCGUGUAUGUCGUGCAAAGAAAAAUACAUAACAAGGUGUAAAGAGAAGGAGGCGGCAGAGGAGGCGUUCAAUCAGGCCCGCCAGAGCGUGCAGAUUACCUCCAAGGACCUCACAAAGGCUGGAAGAGCGAAAGAAAAAGCAGAUGAGGCACAACAACAGUCAGACGUCAACUACAAGAAUUCCGUGCAGGCGCUGGAAGCCUCUAGGAAGAUGUGGGAAACGGAGAUGGAAGACGCCUGUAAACAUUUCCAGCGGCUGGAGGAACAGAGGAUCAGUUUUUUCAGAGAGAGUGUGUGGAAAUGUACAAAUGUGGAUUCCAAGGCAUGCGUGGACCAUGACGAGUCCUCUGAAGCUGUGCGUAACGUCCUCCAAUACUGCGAUAUUUCUAAAGACCUACAAGAAUUCAUAGACAGCAAUAAACUAUCUGGUAUACGCCCAGAGCCGAUAUUAUACGAGGACUAUAACCGGAAGGCACCUUAUGAGAACACACCACGAGGUCAAACGCUGCGUCCUCCACAACCACUUCCGCCGAUGCAGCAUCCCAGAAUUCCUCCUCCUAGACCGUCCGAGGGACCACUUAUCUCGAUUGACGAAGCUGACGGACAUUAUGCUAUGGCUGGAGCCGUGCCGUCUGGAGAGUACUCCUAUGCUCGUGUAUUCCAAGAAUCCAAACCUCCCGGAACAGGACUCGUCUCAGGAACACUGGUUAACAUUCUCAAGUCCUAUAAAGGCAAGGGUCCGUCUGAGCUGUCCGUGGAGACGGGACAGAAGGUGGAGUAUAUGAGGGAGAUGAAAGGAGGAAUGACCCAGGUGAAGAUCGGAGAAAGGUGUGGCCUGAUUCCGACAGCGUGUGUCAGGAUGGGGACCACGACUUACCUGUAGAAAAUCAACUAUUUGUCUGUAGUUAACUUCCCUAAAAAAGUGGCGUUGUGAUAUAUUGAUAAUUGCCUUGUUAUAUAAUAUAUUUGUGUUCCUUAUAUAGUAAAUAUGAUAGAUAUUCAAGUUUGUGUGAGCGAUUGUAUGUAAUAAACGAGAAUACUCCGACACAAUUGAGAGAGAAAAAUGAGAGAGAGAGAGAGAGAGAGAGAGAGAGAGAGAGAGAGAGAGAGAGAGAGAGAGAGAUUAUGUAGAUGUUUAGGGUACAUUGUAUUUCUAUGCAAUAUCCUUCUGGCAAUGAACACACAAUAUUUUUAUUAUGUAAGUUUAUAAACUAGAUAUUCAUUUCAUUUGGUGCUACAAAGAGAAAUCUGUCAUUGAUAUAGGGCUUGGAUCCAUUUGAAGCUGGCACUGUCAUGAAAGUAUUGAAUUUAUUUGCUUUUAUGGUGUUUUCGUGAGCAAAUUUGGAGGAUUCUUCUAAUGAUGAUUAUGAAUGUAUAACUUUUGAGAAACACAUGAAAAGGGGACCUCCUUAUCUCCUUCUCUCAUUGUUUGUGUUGAUUAUUCCGAUCGAUCGUAAACUGUAAAUAUAAAAAAUAAAAUUCAUUUUUUGAAAA